AUGUCAUCAACUGGGGUUAAACAUCUCGUUGAUGCAUAUAGCAAGAAGAUUGGUGGUGGGGGCAAUAUUCUGGAUGUUCCACUCAAGCCUCCUGCAGACAAGCUUGGAGACCAUGAUCUACACUAUGAACUGGAUGGAGAUCAAACUUGGAGGUUUGCUCAUUUGCCCAACCAUCACGGUCUAGUUGUUGAGUCACGAACAGUCAAGCGUGGAGUUGAUUUAGCGUCGUUGACUUCAUUGGAGGUGAGGAUGAAGGCGACUAAGAAGACGAGAGAGUCAUCUUCCCGGGCGAAGUGCUCUUCUUCAACUUCAGCGGUUGAUCUAAGGUGGACAAGUCCUUCCCUGCAAGGGAUGCAGGCUGGCGAUCUUGGUACUUUCUCAAGUCUUUCCUUGGAAAAACUAAGGGAAGCAACAUUUCAUCUGCUUAAAAAAGGAGUAGCUUUUGCUGCUGAAACUAGCCGGAACCCAUUUGUUGUUGCCCCUUCUUCUGCUGCUAACUUGCUCUUGGCUAGAUUUCGCGCUUAUCACAAGUCUGCUAAAAAAUCCAAGUUUGAAGCUACCAUGGAUGCUUACAAGUUGGGCUGUUUGGACUGCAAAAAUGGGUAUGCUCCCUUAUACGCCAUUGGAGAUGAAGAAAUUGAGGAGCUCUGCCCUGAUUUUCUCAAUGUUCAAAGUGAGUAG